AUGGGCCGCAAGUGGACGACAAAAGACCAAGAAGAGUUUCUUACUGGAUGGGGGCCGCGUUACAAACAAGCCAGCGAAAAGAAAAAUUACAUGUUUUUCUGGGACGACCUUUUUUCGGCAUGGUUCAUCGCGUUCCCCGAGGCUGUCGCGGCCGAUGUAGUGAACAUUGCGCCCGAGCUAUGGUCACCUGAACAACAGGAGACAGCUCAAAAGGGCAUCCUGCAACGUAAAGCGCAACUGCGAGACUGGUUUCGAAACCACAUGCGUCCCGAUUGUCGCGUGGAUUCGCCUGGAUACAUUAGAAAGCUUGUGAAGCUGCAUGAGCAGAAGAAUACUGGCAAGCGCUCUCGAAAGGCGACAGAGAUGUAUUCGGCACGAUUCUACCAAGGCUCAGAUACCCAGAAGACCGUUCAGAAGCGACUGCGAGACGAGGCACCUCGUGAUUCGGCUGGAGAGCUUAUCCAGGAAACGAAGGCGGAGAAAUCGAGUCGUCGGAUGAAGAUCUACGGUGCUGAGAUCAUGGCGGCAUGGAAGGGCGCGACAGAAGAACAAACAAGUGAGGUAUUGGUUGCGCUGGACGAGAGCCGAAUGCGAAGAAUGUCUGAGGAGGACAACGAUCCUAUGCCAGAUGACCAACAAGAAGGGCUUCGGCGUCUUCCUCGUCUCAUGGACGUGGCCGCUAAGGAAAUGCAUGACGUUUCGGGAUGGUACUUUACGAUCUUGAGUGGUGGGCGUGGUGCGGCUGGUGUGGUCCAGACGGCGAGCUUUCAUCUCGGGCAAACAAGGAAUGGUGUUGAUUUCGAACACGCUUACAGCGAUUUCAACGAAGUUGUGAUGAAGCCAUGGACCUCGUUUGUCAGGAAUUUGUGUGGGGAAAGUGGUGCCCAGGUUCCAGCCUCGGAACGGAGCACACUUGAACACGUGCCCAAUCAGGGUUCCGUUGGUCCACCUUCCCCAUCGUCUCGCUCCCCAAUCCCUCGCCCUCCGAUCCCUCAGGAAGGGCUUGUUGGUAACGGGCACAGAACGCCUCAGAUGGCCCAACCGGAGGGUGGCACUGAUGGUACGGCAAGAACCCCCACUCCCACCCCUCCGUCUGGCGAUGGCAGCGAAAACGUCUCCCCUCGACAUUCUGAGGGUGAAGUGGCACAGGCUGAGCCACAAGCCUCGAACUCACCACCACCUGAGAACGCUCCCAGCAGCACAUCUGGAGGUCGAGAGGAUGGGCCAGUUCGUGCCGAACCACAACUCCCUCAUUCCAGCUCACCACCACCAGCCCGCUCACCACCACCUGAAAAUACAAACGACAGACGGAGGAGUCCUUCCCACGACGCAACCGUUGAGCACAACACGACACUUCGGGCUUCACAGGGCCUCCGCCCAGAUUCAUGGCUUCAACAAGCUCUCAAACGUCUACGAGCCACCGAGGGACCUGAUUGGCGUGAAGCGGUAGACCUGUGGGAGGGUAUUGAGAGAAAUCAGCUCGAGAAAGCUCAACCUGAGGGCACCAAGCAACGCUUCUCCACUGUGAACCGCCCCCCUCAGAUCGCACGAUGGUUCGCCUAUGGGCGAAACUUUACUACUGAUCCCGACAUCUCUGAUAUAGCACAGUACGAGCAGGAGCUGCUCACCUGGUGGGCGUAUCUUCAGCCAGAAUGGCGUACUUCGACAGACCCCCUACCGCUUCCUUUGUAUCACACGCCGGAGGGCCAGAAUUGGAGUGUCCUCAAGGUUACAGGGUCUAACGGACUCCUGAUCGUCAUGAUGGCUUUCGCGUGGUGGGGUAAGGCCGUCGGCCUGUCUCCCUUAUGGCUUACUGCCACAGCCGACUUGAAGCACACCUUGAAGGCCCUAGCAAACCUCUGCGAGGAGACGGGUUCUGUACCCCGGCGUUCAACUAUCAAGGAGCGCAGAGGUGCUGGCACUAACAUUGGAAAAGAAAACUCCACCUUGGCCGGCCGACGCCGCAAACAAGCAGAGGCUGCCCCUCUUGCUCGUGUCUCUAGCAAGCGCCGCAAACAAGCAGACCCUCCGACUGUCCCUCCCACUCGCGUCACACGUAGCUCCGCUGUCCACAAAGUGGACGAUGGGACGGUAGACGGAUUGGGGACAAAUGCGAUAGAAGAAUCUACUAUCUCACAAUACUAUCUCACAACAGGACUGACCGUGGAAGCCUGA